ACCAGUCGAAGGCCCUAAACAGGAUCACGCGGGACAGCCUGUUUACCAACCUGUUUUGAUCCUACAGCUCCUAAUAAAAACUCAGCUUUUCCUCGUUUUGAAGUCUUUGGUUCUAGAUCUUUUAAAGUCUAACCACUGACCACAUAGACACAGCCAAUUCCAGCGACAACACCAGACGACACUACCACCCCAGCAGCCACGUUGAGAUUUACCAACUUCGUCCAACAGCACUACGGCAACCUCCUUCUUCGUCGCCACUAUCAUAUCCUUAACGUCGUCAACAUCAUCUCUCUUCGUACACAGCUCAGCAAGCAAUUCACCCAGGUUCCAACAGUUCACUGUUCGUGAAUUACUUCACCAUGGAUCAACAACGAAUAUACAACCUGCAUGAACUCCUGUACAAGCGACCCAAGCAGCAGCAUCACAGCCACGACAUCACGUAUGACAUGUAACCGACUCAGCAUCAUGUCCGCGACUUCUUCAUGUAGUGCUUCAGCUACCGUGUACUAAUGACUACGAACUGGUAUUAUCAUUCUCGUGUCUAUGAACUUCUCACUUCAAUCUCAGUUACUCUUUUACUUGUUUCAGUCACUUGACUGCGGCCAUGCUGGAGCACCGUCUUUAGUCGAGCAAAUCGACCCCAGGACUUAUUCUUUGUAAGCCUAGUACUUAUUCUAUCGGACACUUUUGCCGAACCGCUAAGUUACGGGGACGUAAACACACCAGCAUCGGUUGUCAAGCAAUGUCUUGUAAACCCUAACAUCGAGUCGCUAUUCCAGAUCGGGUGUCUUACUCCUAACUAUUUGAUAUUUGGUACUAUACUUUCAAAAGUCAUAGACUCUGACACAUUCCACUUCAGAAUCAUUCCAGUGUGAUCACUUUUAUUUCUAGAUGACAAGACCUACGCCGCCUCAUUUGUCUUUAUUCGCUAUUUUGUAUAUGCUUCGUCCAACUGUUUUGUGGAUAUUUUCAAUUUGUCAAAGGUUGUAGGUGGUAUUACGGAUGGAAAGGCUCUGCUGUCCACAGCCAACAGACUCUGCUGGCAACUCUUGCAGUUCCAAACAAUGAGGAUUUUUGCAGGUGUUCUAUCAUAACAUUUGUACCAGUCUUUUUGAGCUACGUUGGCAGUUGAGAACUGAUACUUCCAAGCGUGUCAAUCACUACUGGUAUCACGUCCACUCUCUUCAUUGCUCGCAACCUGCGUAUUUCCCACUUCAACUCCUCAAAGUUGUUCGUUUGAAUGAGUUAUGAUGGAAACCAGCGCCGCUGCCGUAUUCAAGGGGCCUGGUCCACCGGCCCUGCCCAGGAGCAGACUGAAACACAGAGAUUAUGGGCAGGGCCAGCAGCUUCUCGGCCCUACUACGUUAUUCAGAAUGUGUCACAUAUACCAGAACGUAGUGGCAGUAAUAAAGUAAGUAAAAGUACCAGUAACCCAGACAUCUUCCCGUCCAGUAUGAACAACAACAACAACAACAACAACAACAAUGACAGCAACCAACACACAAAGGCGAAUCCAACACAAAUUACACCAAAAAUCCCAAAAAACUUCUCCUGGGUCGUUGAUGGGUUUUUAGCAGCACUUGGAUUUCCUAACGAAGCUGCCAACAUGAUGUAUUUAGUAAAACAUGGCAUAAAAUACCUCAUUAGUUUAACUGCGGAACUUACCCCUUCCUUACAGGGAUUCGAAGAUAAAUUAGUUUGGUCUCAAAUUAAGAUAAAAGACUUCUCACCUCCAACUCUUCAACAAGUUGAUGAAUUCCUGAAAGUUGUUGAAAAAGCUCGUUCUGAAAAUUCGGCUGUGGCAAUCCACUGUGCCCAUGGAAAAGGAAGAACUGGUACCAUGAUUGCUUGUUAUCUGAUUAAGUAUCACAAUCAGACAGCCAGUGAAGCAUUAAGAAACAUUCGGGAAUCAAGACCUGGUUCAGUGGAAACUUUUCAACAAGAAGAAUUAAUUUAUAUGUUUGAAAACCAACACAACCUGACAAAAAUGCAAAACAAAACUGAAGAAUCUCGUUAGAAAUAACACCAUUAGAAACUAAUUAACUCUAAAAUUCACAAGGUCUAGAAACAUCUUUUAGUUCUUCUUGUAACCAGUUUUAGAAGAAGGCAGGUUAUAUUUUCAUCUUUCCAACUUUUCAUUUUUUUUUUUACCAUUUUGUUAUUUAUUCAUUUUGUAUAAUUUUCAUUUGAAGUAUUUUUGCUCAUGUAAUUUCAACUGCAUAUCAUUUAUAAUGUCUUGGCAGUUAUUCUACUUUUGAUUUUCUUAUAUUCAAUUUUGCUUAAUUUUUUGAUCUUACUAAUAACAAUUUAUCAUCAAGUUAACACAUUCCGAUUGUAACUUGUAAAUUUCCAUCUUUCACAAAAUGCUUCAAUUUUAUGUAAAAAUGAUAUUAAAAAAAAUAUUUCUCAUCAUUUGAAGCUGUUUUUGAACUUAUCAUACAGCAUUUGUUGGUCUCACUCGUCUUGGAGAGCCUACAAUGGCUGUGAGCUCAGCCUUUUUGUCCAGAUCAAAAUAUUGAAAGAAUAAGUUAGAAUAAUUUCACAAUUGAUCUUAAGUACUUCAGAAGGGAUAUUUUUGGUUCACUAUCUUCUUCAACUCUAAACUUGGAUGUGUGUUGUGUUCUAGAACAGAUGCACAUGAACACCAAGUCAAUGAGUUACGUGGAAGCAUGGCACAUGUUUUGAAUUCCCACGUUUUUGUAAAUUUAAUAUUUUUGACUGAAUUACAAAAGACCUGGCUAUUAUUAAGAUUAGUUCAUCUGUCAUUGUUGACGGUGACCAAGGACCUCAGAUGGGAGACGAAGAUGGGGCACGGUAUGUCUGGCUGUGGUCAGUCGGUCUGAUGCAUGCUUAGAAGGCUUUGCUGCAGGUUGGGCACCAGUGGUCAGUUAGGGCUGAAGGCAAGGAGUUGGCUCUGGACUUGUGUAGUUAGCAUUUUCUUUGUGUCCCUGCCAUUCUAUUCUGUUUGUAAAAGGGUACCAUCUCUGUUGGUGCAGCUUUGCCAGGCAGGGCAGUCUUGUGCUUGCAUUUCUCAGGUGUUGGGGUUGAUCUCAAAACUCUUUGGUGAGGCUUUGAAUGUAUCCUUCAAGCACUUUUUCUGGUUAGGAGAAGUGUUAGAGAUCUGGCUAGGAGACUAGUUACAGUUCUGGCUAAGAGAAUUACAAAAGAUCUAGCUAGGAGAAUUGUUAGAGAUCUGGCUAGGAGAAUUACUACAGAUUUGGUUAUGAGAAUUACAAGAGAUUUGGCUGGGUGAAUUGUUAUACAUUUAGCUCGGUGAAUUGUUUCUGUUACAAAUAUUUUGUUGUAUUUAAACAAGAAUAAUUGAGGUUUUCUGUUGAAUUAUAUUGUUAAAAAUGAAUGCCAUGAUUUGAAAUCAUCCCAGUGAAUAUUUUUAAAAAGUUGAUCAGAAAUCAUUUCCAUUUGAAUUAUUUGUAAACUCCAGUUUAAACUUCUCUUUCAUAUGAAUAAAAUGUAUUUCAAACAGAAAUUACUUGUUAACUUGAGAAACUGAUAAACAAUCUAUAAAUGUUUUAAUUGAUGAUAAUAAAGAAUAUGUUUCAGAAAUAAAAAGAAACACGAGAAAUAAUUAUGGUAGAAUUAAUUGUGGGGAUUAGGGAAAAUAUUUGAGGCUGACUAGCAUCGGUUGCAACUACUCUUCAUUAAUUUCCCUCCAAUUCAACUUUAUCCUGAAGAAGGAUUCUGUCCAGAAGAUUGGAGACUCCACUCCUGCCAUGGCAAUUUCACUGAACUCUGCCGAUUUAAUUAACAUUGGUUGGAACUGGUGAGGUGGGGAUGGGGAUGUGAUUGGACAAACAAGGGAGACAACUCCAAAGGUUUGUUUUUAUCAACUGAAGCAUUAACUUUGCCAUAACUUACACUAGUAAAUAACUCAAGUAAUUUGGUUGGAAUUAAUUUAAGAGACAAAAAUAUUUCCUUGAUGGAAAUCUAGUAAUCUUGAUAUGCACUCUUCGAUUUUUUUUAUGGUGUUCCAUAUAUAUAUAUAUAGCUUGAACUAAAGUUUCUGUAAUGAAACAAGGAGUUUUGGAGUAUUCUUGUCACUGUAUAUACUCAGGUACUCCAAUACUCCCUAUAGCUUUCUUGUGAUUUCAUCAGAUCAAAGAUUCCAAAGUCAUUCAUUUGAAAGAGUUGUAAGUAAACUUGGAGCAGGAAAUGUAUUUGUUGAGUUUAUCGACAUGAAAUUUAUGUUUGGUCUACUGCCUCUGUAUUGUUGAAUCUUAGCAUUGAGCACUGUUUUGUAUAUAUGUAUGUACAAACAUAUAUUAACAAACACACAGGUGCGCACACACACACACACAUUUAUGUUUACACACAUACUUAAAUAUAUCACUUCACCAAAAUGGUGUGAAUUUACAUGGUUAUUUAAAGAAACUUAAAUAUUCCAAGUGAGAGAUUAAUGAAAUCUUGCCUUCUUUCCAUAGUCCUAAUCUGUCGUCCAGUUUGACACCCCUAACACAUCCUUGGGUAUCUUCAACAGAAUCCAUUUUGUUGCAAGCAUUCACAUCAGAUCUCUAGUCGGUCGAUAACAUCAUGUUACCAUUCUUAGAGACUCUGAUGCAGGUCUUGGAUGCUGCCUUUCCUACUUGGGUAGAAAUAUAGAUGGUUAGUUAACACUGGUUGCCUGAACCAUUUUGGCAGACAUCUCUUGAGAAACAUUACUUAUGGAUGAUGAUGUUGUGGCUUAGUUUCACGUCAGCCUUCAUAUGACUUUCUCAGGCAUAGCAUAUCUAAGACUACAUUAUCUAUUGUGUCACCUCCCUUUUUUUAAGAUGUUAUUUUACUGGUUUCACUUAGUGGACUCUGGCCAUGCUGGGGCACAACCAUUGAUUGAUUUUUAAUUCAUUGUAUUGAUCCCAGUACAGAUGGGUUGGUGUUUAUUUUAUCAGUCUCUAUUUAUCAAAUCACUAAGUUACCCUUUUAACAUAAAGGGACACAACUUGACACCGGUUUUACACCAGUAAACAUACACACUCACACACACACACACACAAGUCCUGUUUCUUGUUUAUGUUUGUCACAACUCUCUUUGUCUUGCCAAUAUUUCUUCAGUUUUAUUGUGAAUUGUUAAAGUAAACCACAUCCACUUUGUUUAUUGUGAACCAACAAAGUUAAUUAGCAAUGCAUUAAUUAGUUGUUUUUAAAUGGUUACCUUUUUGGGUUUGUUGUUAAUUCCAGUAUGAUGGUAUUACUGGAAAAGUUAGUUUAGAUUGUCAAUUCUUUGAGCUUGUUGUAUGCAACAUGAGGUAAUGUUAGUUAGUGAGGUUAGAUGUAGGUAGAAUGAGUUCAAAUAGAAGCUAUGGUAGUUAUUAAUUAGUAUCAAUAGAAGCUGGUAACAAGAUUGUUAAUGAGGUUCUUGUUAUCAAAACGAUACACAACAGUUCCUAGUCUUUUUCCAUUGUGAUCCAUUUUGCCAAAUUAAUAAUCUUUUCUUUAAAUUUAAAAAUUACAGAUUUAAAAAAAAAAUUGAUAAAAUUGACAUCUAGGAACAUUAUUCUGCUUUUGUUUGCAGUACGUGUUGUGGCUUUUAUGCCUCUCUGUCUCUAUAAACUUUUGUCAUCAUGGCUGUUUCUAAUUUAUUCUAUAUCCCAAAGUGGAUCAUGACCAAUAAUUUGGGAACUGCUGAUACUAAAGAAUAUGAACAUUUUAUUAAAAGAGUUGCACAAAGGAUUGCAAAAGAGGGAGAGAGUAAGAAGAUUUAUUUAGUCAUAGAAGUUUCAAGAACUACUGAAGAGUAUUUUCUCUCUUGAAUUCAUUCAAAGAUCUCAUUGGAACUGUAUUUCUUUAAAGAAAAAUAGAAAAAGAAAGUAGUUUUAAAUUUCAUUGUUACUAUAGUUUCAAAUAUUUACUCUCUUUAUAGUUACUGUGAAGGCACAUGGUCUAGUGGUAAAGGUGUUGCACUGACGAUCGCAUGAUCAUGGGUUCAAUUCCUGGAACAAAUGUGCAUGUUGUGUUUUUGAGCAAGAGCCUUCAUUUUACAUUGCUCCAGUCCAUUCAGCUGUAAAUGGGUCCCCCCUCCCCUGCAAUGAACUGGCAUCCUGUUCAGGAAGAAUGUGGGCCUGACCCCCUACCUACAUUCAGAAGCUACAAAAUGCAAGGAAGUGUAUUGUAACCAGUGGUGUGUAACAACAUCUGAUAGUCUUGCCAAUACACUGAUACAGUUAUGUAGUCAUCAUAGUUUCAUGUAUCUAUCUCUCUAUAGUGUUACUAUAGUUUCAUAGAGUUCCACUCUCUUUAAAUUUGGUUUUUAAAUGUUAUUCAAAUAAAAUGUGUUAUAUCUUUACCAAAUUAGAAAAUAUAGAUUGAGUUCCACUUUACUGAAAGUUUCCAAGGACCAAAUUGUGUCUGAUAAUUCUUCAGAAAUCCAUGUCAUUAGCAUUGUUGGAAUUACUUCUCCUUUCUUACAUACUUUGCACCAGAAAAUAGUUUAAAUCUCAAUCCUUCAUAUGGAAUAAUGUCUCCCUGUGAAGAAUGAUGCAUGAACAAAUGGUUUGGCCUUUGCAGUUUGUCUUGAAACAAAGUCUUUUCCUCGACUUGUGAAUCUUGCUCUUUUGGACAAAAUGCUGUACAGUAUUGAGUCACAUCAGUUUCAGCUCUGAGUUCAAAUCAUGUCAAAGUCAACUUUACCAAUCAUUCUUCAUGGGUUGAUUAAAAUAAAGUUCCAAUUAAGUAUUAAGGGUCAAGCUAAUUACUUAAUUAUAUACAAUCGAUUAUAUCCGUCCCCCAAAAUAUGUGGCCUUGUGCCUCCCUUAGAAAUCAAUAACUAUGUUGCUUGCCCCCUCCCCCCUCCCACCACACAUCCUUUCUGCUCAAUUUUCAUAAGGCAGAAGAAAGAUAAUCAAUAAUAAGUUAAUACUAAUUAUUCAUUGAUUUCAAGAGAAGAAAUGGGGAAGCUAAUAAUAGGUGGGGUUUGAUCAUAAAUUAGUGGAUAGUGGAGUCUUGGUUGAUUUACUCCAAUCUAAGUAAUCUGCAGUGGUGGCCACUGAGAACAUAUCGAUGUAUCUGUGAUAACAAUACAGUGUUCAAAAACACUGAGUCUGUGGGGUACAAUAAUUGUUGUUGUUGUUGAGCCCCCUCCCCCCUCCAGGACAGACCUUUUGGUCAAAGACAUUCAAGUUGCAGUGAUCUGAUCUUUAAUGCAUCCAAAGCUACAAUAUCCUGGAUGUAUGGGGCUUCUUUCAUAUUUUUAAAGACAAUAUGAGGUGCUUUGCCUGUUAUUUCUAGCAUGUCUAGUGAGCAUGUAAUGGCUUACCCCUGCCUCCUCAGUUCAUGGUUUACAGUCUAAGAACUGCUUUGAUUGGAAAAGAUCAAUGAACAAUAUGUUGAGAUAGUUAGGAUUGAUGAUCAUGUUUAGAAUGUUAUCGUUUGAGUCCUGCCAUGGGUUGUAGAAAUGCCAGAGCAGUACUGGCUUAAUUUAAUAACAGACCUGUUGCAAUCCUAAUUCCACUAAGCUGCCAUAUUGCAUCUGUUAAUCUAGCUUCUGUACCCACAGAAUGUUUAAUGAAAUAGUUUGAUAAAUCUUAUAUGACACUACUUGGAAAUAUUUGUAGUAAGAUCUGAAAACAACCAAAUGAACUAUUUGAUACGCUAACUUGCUAUGCAACACUCUUGAAAUAAAGCAAUUGAGUUGAGUUAAAAUUUAAAUUAACAUUAAUUUUUCUCAGCUUUUUAUCCUGCCAUAAAAUGUCUAAAAUUCUAAAAUGUUUAUUGUUUAAAAAAACAAAAUCAAACAUGAAAUAUUUUGUUUUGUACCUUUUUAGUAUAAAAAUUGUAUUUGAUUGAAUAUGAAAAACAAUUUUCCUUUUGGUAAAAAAAAGAAUUUAGGUUUUCUCAGAAAAGUUAUUUUGUCUUGUACUUGAUUCCAAAGCCUUCAAUAUUCCAAAAUAUUGAGUUCUUUUCACAAAUGAAUCAAUACAGAAGUCAUAUUUUUCAAUAUAAUUAUGUUUUGAAAUAGAAUUAAAUUCUUGCAUAUUUUAGCAGGAUUGCACUUUUUUUUUUUUUCAGUAGAAUUAUUUUAUAUUUAGUUGUUUUUAUAUUCAAGUAUUUACAGAAAAUUUAUUUUGGCUAGAAUUACAUUUAACUCUAAACUUGACCAUUGUUUUAUAUGGCACACGCUGUCUCAUUGUAGAAUUGACAUUUUAUUGGAUUAAUCAGUUUUGGAGAAAUAUUUGUAUAUUAUAUCAUUAUAUACAAUUCUUGGUCAUAACAAUGGCAGCAGGCGGUGAACUAAUGGUGGCCUGUUAGAGAUGACAUUACUUUUAGUUCUGUUUGUUGCCAAAUAUGAGACCAACAGAGAUUUCUCGAAUGACACAUGUCUGUUGGUACAAGAACUUUGGUUGGAAAUAUUGUUUUGUUUUCUCUCUUUGACUGAGGCCAAAUUUUAAAUCUUGCUCACCAGUAAUAUAAAUGGUCUUCUGAGCAAGAACUAUAAAAUCAGGAAAAGAGAAAAACAUUCCUACCAUAAUGGCAUUUAUUAAAACGUUUUUUCGUCCCUCCAUGUUCUAAGGGAAUGGCCACAGCACAUGGGGGUGAUAAUGAAUUGAAGCUUUCGGCUGCAACUGCUGAAAUAUGUUACAGAACAAAACAAUUGUCUGCCAUCUGCAGACAAUGUGGGAUAAUAUAUCAUAUUUCUCCUGGUCAAAGAAAAAAAAUAAUAAAUCCUUUGAUUUUAUUUAAGUUUCUAAUUCAUAAAUCUAUUAUUAAUGAUUUUUUAUUUUCUUCACAAAUAAUUCUUCUUUUUAUCUGUAAUAUUUUGAAAAAGUUGUUACAAACUCCAUUCUCUUUUUAUAUCAAAAUAAGACAAUCUUCCAAAUGUCGAAGUUAGAAAUAAUUACCAUGGCUUGUCUUUAUCUUUCUAUGUUUUCCCAUUGAACUGUUUCACCUGUACACUAUUCUUUUGUAAGUUCAUUUAUUAAAAAUUGGUUGGAUUCUUUAUAACACAACUAUUUUUAUAAAUAAAAAAAAUUCAUUAUUUACAAA